GACAUCGACGCCUUGGAAUUUGUGCACGAAGCUGAACAGCAAAUCAACACACAACACAGGAGUGCAACAAUGACGACGCAUGCUGGGCCAACGGCUCGCAGGGGGCCGUCGGGAGCCUGGUCUCGACUCAAGGCUCCGCCGACAGAUCCGCUGCAGACGUACGGACUGCCGUCGAAAGGAGAAACAAGACUCAAUGACCUCAAGGCCCAGGAGUCGUUCUACAACAAGAUCGUUGAGCGAUAUAUGAAAUUUUGCGCGGCGUCAGGAAGUGAUCUUGAAAAACAUUUUGCAGCCUUGUCCUUAGAUCCAGACCACUGUGCAAUGACUUCUGGGCUGAACAUUGAUGACAGUCAGAUCCACGUCAACAAGUCAACGUUACCUAACGCGAAGGAGUUCAACAGCGAAGAUCCCUCGCCCGAGCUACAGCUGAUACUGAUGGCAAUGCGAAAAUUGCGGGAAUCCAUUGUAGCCACCCGUCGGAGAGAUGUUUUCGCUCAGCGAUGCUACAUCUUCAUCAUCCGCGUUGCCAUCCUUGUCUCCUCGUGGGAAUCAUACCUUCCCGCGUUCACAUAUUUACUCCACGAAAUUCACCCAGUCACGCCCUUGGAUGCAUCAGAGCUUAACGAAGUCGUCAGCUUCCAGAUUCUUGACUUCGCCUGUCGGUUAGGUGACUUCCACACCGCCUAUCUUAUUAAGGUAGCAUAUGGCAUAAAGGAUAUGAAGUUGCAAAUUAUCUUGCAUAGUUUGACUAGGGAUGACUGGUUGAGCUUUUGGCGGAUGCGAAAAAAGGUCGACGGUUACCGUCGUACUAUUAUGGGAUAUGCGGAGAAUGAUGUCAGACUGCGGGCGCUCAAAUGUUUAGGAAAGUCAUACUUUAGCGCGGAAAAGAGGUUUGUGGAAACGGUAGCUGAUCGUGAUUGGGACGAGCUCGUUGCUAGCGGAGUCGGAUGGGAGUUACAAGAGGACAACAUGGUGAUCAUCAGAAGAGCGAAAGCUAGAUGAUAUAAGGGUCACGAAUCCGGCAUUGGCUUAGGUUCUUAGGUGAUACGUCGAUACGGUUGCAGGUAUCCACCUCAACGGGAUCUUCAGGACUCGGUUUUUUUUUUUUAAAAAAAAAAAAAAAAGUAAAGAUGCAUGCUGAUCGUUUGAGCAGGAUACACAAACGCGUAUCGAUACACGUAAAAAUGGGUCAUGACGAGCGAAGAUAAGCCAAGGUCGCCCAAAGCCGAAUAUGAAACAUCAAUCACAAAUAAGAGAACUAUCAAUGAC